UCUUACAUUGAAGUUACUUUGAACUCUCUCUUUAUUGUCUGUAGUUUUAGGCAUACGUAUUGUCUGUCGAGACUUUGAAAAAUUAAUGAUCAAUUUUGUAACUAAUUUUACGUGUCGUUCUAUAAAGUUCAGAUGAAGCGGGCCACAAUAAUUUAUGUUAUUUAUUCUAUAGCUAUAGAUAUAAGAAGCUGUAGAUAUAAGAAAAAUUGCACUUCAAAGAGAAUGGCAAAACGCAUCGCAAGACGCAUCGAGACCGCGUGUAUUGUACUACAAAUUUCGUCUGAAUUACAUGAAGACAUUUUUCUCAUUUAACUGAUGAAAGGUAGACCAGAUUUACGAUUCCUUUUCCUUAUAUGAUAUAAAGAAGCUCCGUUAUCGAUCGUUGUCAGUAUGCCGUUGUCAGUCGAGUGCGUAGCACGCGAGCGGGAGAACAUUGAUACUUGGAGUUUCGUAGCGUAAAGAUAUAAGCAGACGUCUCGAUGAAAGGGGGUUUCGUUCAAACCCUUGUGCUUGUGAUUUUUCAAUUUUAUACGUUCACAAUAUAAAUAUACUUUUCUUUUAAAUUUUUCUAAAUCAAUGUUCGAGGAUAUUAUUAUUAAACACACGUGCAGAUUUGAUCGUUGGGAUCUCACAAUUUUCUGUGUCUUGUCACCUAAAGGUUACUGUAGACUAUUUGACAUCGCUGCAAAUGGUUUUUCUCGUAGUGACACAGUGGGAGUGAUAUAUCUUCAAAAAGCAAAGAAUGCGAAAAGGAUUUAUGCCAUAUGUCCAUAUGUUAAAUUAAACUGCGACGGUUAUAAAGAGGAAGGAAUAACAUACCCAUCCUCGUUAAUGCAUAGUACCUUAUUGACGGGUUUUUAUAAUGAGUGCAAAGUACUGACAUCAUGUUUCGAUUACAUUGAAGCACAUGGUACCGGUACCAGAGCCGGCGAUCCUCAAGAACUACUUGCUAUUUGUAAUGUUUUGUGUAAGAAUAGAGAAACUCCAUUAAUGAUAGGCUCCGUAAAAUCCAAUCUAGGUCAUGCUGAACCUGCAAGCGGCAUGACUCAAAUUGCUAAGGUAAUAAUAGCAUUUGAAACCGGUAUUGUUCCACCAAAUAUCAAUUAUACUUCACCAAGAACUGAUAUAAGCGGAUUAGUAAAUGGACCUCUUAGUGUCGUUCAAAAACCAAUGCCGCUUAAGAAGGGUUACAUACCAAUCAAUUCUUUUGGCGUUGGGGGCUCCAACGUUCACAUAUUGUUAAAAUGGAACGACAAACAGAAGAUUAAGAAUCGAGCAACGAACGAUAACUUGCCUAGACUUGUAAUAAUAUCUGGACGCACUGAAGAAGCAGUAAAAUCCUUUUUUAAUGACGUUACCAAUCAUCCGAUAGAUGUGGAAUAUAUACGUUUGCUGCACGAUGUCUUUUCAGACAACAUAGACGGUCACCCAUGGAGAGGAUUCGUUAUACUGAAUAAUUUGCAACGAGAACUAACAAACGAAAUUCAAAGUUGCAUAAAUGUAAAAAGACCAGUUUGUUUUAUAUUUUCUGCUUUAGGCUCGCAAUGGCUAGGAAUGGGAGAUCGUAAAAUAGGCGUGCAUAUUAGAACACUCUGACUGCAUAACAAUGGCCAAUCAUAUAUUGCAUCUUGUCGCGGAUAAUAAAUACAAUUUUCUAGCAAUUUGGAAAGCAUGGAUAUACUGCAAAGGUUUAAUAAAAACUGAUAAUGAUUUGUUUACCAAUUUAAAGAAUACAUGGUUAGCAAAACCUGACUGCAACCUUUUGCCAUACUUACCUUGUUCUCAUCUUCAUGAUUCUUUGGAACACGUGUUAGACGAAUUAUCGGAGCGACUCAGAGAUGACACACGAGAUACUGCAAUUAAUCGAUGUUACGCAAACACAUUUCUUUCAAUCCUUGCGAAGAAUGCUAACAGCUACUAUAUGGAUACUAGUAUAUUAUCAUUUGUGGAGUCAUUAAAAUUACCUAAAAGUAUCAGCACAAAUGUAGCCUUAACUGUUAUCAUUAAUCAUAUAUAUUCUCAAAGUACCAUUGAAAAGAUUAUCCAUGAUCUGGAUCAAAGACUGGGAAAUAAAGAUUAUAUUAAUAUUAUUAUUAGCAAGGCAAAAGCGCGUUCUUUCCAAAUUAAAAAUCAAAUAAGCUACUUCGAAUUAUUUUUAACUUAAUGAAUUUAAUUAUUAACGGUCAUCUUUAUAUAGUUUCUACUUUGAGCUCAGUAUGCUCAGUUUAAAGUACUUAUUAUCUAUUUAAUUACUCGUCAAUUUAAUUUAUGAUAUUAAGUAUUCCAGCUUUAUAUGUACAAUAACUAUGUUUCAAAACUGAUGAAUAUACGGCGCGCAAUUUGCAUAGAUCGGAAGUUUAAAAAAUUAUUAUUCAGCACUAUGACCCGCUGAGGCAAAAUUAAGUCUUUUCAUAUUUAUGUUUAAAUAUUUAAAAUUAUGGAAUAUAUUAAAGUACAUUGUGAGCGAUAAGCUAUAUUAAAACUUGUUUAAAAUUUUUUAUUAUCUCGAGUCAUUGUCAUUAAAAAUAAAUAAUUUUGUAUUAUAUUAUUAAUGUCACACAUUAAAUUUUUAAAACUUA